GAAAGUCAGGUGAUUUGUUUACAGGUUCAAAACAGCACUUUGAUAUAGCAAGGCGUGAAGUUUUGCUUUCACUCUAGAGUUUUAGUUGAUCAGAUAAGCUGAAAGCUAAUAUCAAAUGUGACUCAUUGUAUUCAUCUUUAAACCCCUGUGWGGACAUUUUAACCCCAAACUCUUUAUAAUUUAAAAGAAAAGAAUGUAGGAGCCAGUACCUUUUAAAUUCUUAAGAAAAACAGGAAAUUAACAUUUGCACUAUCUGAUAAGACAUCUCUCUCACAUUACCUGGAAAWCUAAAAUAAAUUGCAAUAUAAAUAAAAUAAAAAUUGUAGUCUACCAGGUUGCACAGUAAAAACGAUUAAAAACAAGCCAUUGGAAAAGARUGAACACCAGAUAACAGUGCAGCAAGUUUAAUAUAGAUGGUAAGAAUUACACCCCAGUAAUAAUAUCAAACUGUAAAAUGAGUAAAAAUCAGACACUAAACUGUCCUUCCUGGGUUCCUCAUUCUGUCUACUGUACAAUCGGAAUCAGAAUCAACUUUGUCGGCACAGAUUGUGUGCAUAAAGAAGGAAUUUGUCUUUCUCACUCACACAACAUACAGCGAAUAAACAUAUACAUUUUAGAGAAAAUAACUUGAGGAACAAACUGAACAAUGUGUACAUUGAUGUAUUUACUGCCAUUGUUUUAUAAGAAGAAGCAAAAGAGAAAAGCGGGUUGUGUUCGUGCAAAUAUGCACGUUUUGUUUCACAGCAGAGUUGUUACAGUGGUCAUUUAGUUUGUUAGAGCCUGGGGGAAGAAACUGUUUCCGUGGCGGCUGGUUUUUAUAAAUGACACUGACACAACAAGUUCCCAAGAAUGAGGGAAGUCAAGAUUUAAACUGUUUUUAAAGUAGACUAAGACUGUCCCUCUUUGUUGUUUUUUUUGCUUUGYUUUUUGUUUGCUGUUUUUUCAGAAUUGGAUUUGCUAAUCAAAACUGUGUUUUAAAGAAUCCAUAAUUGCAGUGAAAUACCCCUGUCUAGAGCCAUAUUUUAUUACAGAUCUUACACUCUGUACAACACGGUGUCUCUCGCUUCUUAUUGACUGGAAAUGGUGAUAAAUAUUUGUGCUGCCCCCUCAGACAGUGAUGCCCUGGGCAGUGAUCCGUAUCAUCCAUAUUAAAAAAAUCAACCCUAAUGAUGGUAUUAAUGACCGUGUUUCUCACAGCGCAGUGUGAAAAAGCUGUAAGGACACCAUGUGGUGGUUCCAGCAGGGUCUCUGCCUCCUGCCCGCUGCUCUGGUUGUUUGGACGGUGGCACUGAAAAACUUUGUUAUCCUCAACAGUCGGUCAGUGUUUGUAUCAUCAGUCAUCAUGUACACCAUUCUGUCAGGAGUGGAUGUACCCCGUAAGCUACACUGGCUCCCAGGAGAACCGGGCUACGUGCCGCAUAUGGUCAGCACGGUGUCUGAGUGGUUCCUGGCCUUUUCCUUCAUCAGCUUCUUCCUCACUUACAUCAGAGAUUUUCAGGUAGUUGUUCCUGCUGUUUUACACCACAGUGCUGAAUAUGUGUAGUUAUUUCAACAGAAUUACAUCUGACUGCUGCAGAAACUCCAGUUUAGAGCUGCUGUUAAACUAUAUUUUCAAACUCUCUGUCAACAUUCAGGAAAAAAAACAGAAGGCAUUCAAAAGUAUAUAUUUUUUCCGGUAGCAGCAAUGAUGUUCUUGGUUAACUAAAAGCAAAACCAUAAGAUACACUUUUCAACACAGACACACCUGUCUUGAUUACAUUACAUAUUCAAUUAAUGUGAUCAUAGGAAGAGAAUUUAAACAUAAAAAUCUAAUUAG